GCUCCACGUUUGAGGAUGAUGACGUCAGGAGAGCUAGCGGUAAGAAAAACGCUCCUGGACUUGAGAAUCAGUAGAGUACCAAUAUGAAUACUCCGAGUCUCUCUCGUUCCUGUAAAAUAGUGUUCGUCGGCUUAAUCAUUUGCUUCAUCUGUACUGUGAAUGGAGAUUACUGCAAGGUGAACUUGUGUCAUAACGGAGGGACGUGUGUGACUGGCAUCGGAGAAGAUCCCUUCAUCUGCAUCUGUGCUGAGGGAUUUGCUGGAGAUACCUGCAAUGCCACAGAGGGCGGUCCUUGUAGCCCAAACCCAUGUAAAAAUGAUGGCACAUGUGAGGUGAUCACUACCUCUAGAAGAGGAGAUAUUUUUAAUGAGUAUAUGUGCAAAUGCCAACCUGGGUUCGAGGGUGCACACUGCCAGAUCAAUGUGAAUGACUGUGCAAACCAGCCUUGUAAAAAUGGAGGCCUCUGCCGUGAUCUGGAUGGAGAGUACACCUGCCAGUGCCCUUCUCCAUAUGUUGGAAAGCAAUGCCAGCUGCGCUGUACAUAUCUAUUGGGAAUGGAGGAAGGGGGAAUUGGAGAGUCCCAGAUUUCUGCCUCCUCUGUGCACUCUGGCAUUCUAGGGCUUCAGCACUGGGGACCUGAGCUUGCCCGCCUUAAUAACCAGGGCAUUGUCAAUGCCUGGAGCUCUGCACCCCAAGACAAGAGCCCCUGGAUUGAGAUUGAUAUGCGGAAGAAGAUGCGUCUCACUGGAAUCAUCACCCAAGGAGCCAGUCGCAUGGGGACAGCAGAGUUUGUCAAAGCUUUUAAGGUGGCAUCUAGCUUCGAUGGCAAAAUCUACACAAUGUACAGAGCGGAUGGCCAAAGAAAAGACAGAGUGUUUGUGGGAAAUACAGAUAAUGAUGGAACCAAGACAAACAUGUUUGACCCUCCCAUUGUGGCCCAGUAUAUUCGCAUUAUUCCUGUGGUGUGCCGUAAAGCAUGUACUCUCCGGAUGGAACUCAUGGGCUGUGAGCUAAAUGUGCACUCCAGCGCAAUUGGUUGCAAUGAUCCGCUGGGCAUGAAGUCCCGUCUCAUCUCUGACGGGCAGCUUUCAGCAUCUAGUGCUUACCGUACCUGGGGUGUAGAUGCCUUUACCUGGCACCCCCACUAUGCUCGCUUGGACAAACAAGGCAAGACUAACGCUUGGGCAGCAGCUAGCAACAACCGCUCCGAGUGGCUCCAGCUGGAUUUGGAGAAACCUAAAAGGAUCACUGGCAUCAUCACUCAGGGAGCAAAAGACUUUGGAGUUGUACAGUUUGUGUCAGCCUAUAAGAUUGCAUAUAGUGUUGAUGGACAGUCAUGGAGCAUUGUGAAGGAUCAAAUAACGAGAACAGAUAAGAUUUUCCAAGGAAACAUUGACAACAACACACACAAAAAGAACUUGUUUGAGUCGUCCUUCUUUGCCCGAUUUGUACGGUUUCUGCCAUGGGAGUGGCAUGAGCGGAUAACUCUACGCAUGGAGCUACUGGGCUGUGAUGAUUAGGGACCCUGCUGAAGGCUCCGCACUGGGUUUAGUGAGCGAGUGUUGUGUGGGUUGUAGAAUGGCGAUUUUUUUUUAUUUUUUAUACAUAUGCUUCAUUUGUAUUGCUCAGUGUUUUAUUUAAUUGAUGGCAGGUUCUUGUGGUACUUUUCAUAAAUAACAACAAAUGAAGUGAUCAAAUUUUGUAAGCUUUUUGGCACAAUGUUAAAAUUAUUAUAGGAUUACAUCAUGGUAUUUUGCAUCCAGCUGUCUGAAUUGUAUCAAUAAUAAUGUUGUCAUAAUGUGUUAUCAUAGUCAUUUUUAAUGCUAAGAAGUUUAUGCUAUUAUAAAACCAUCAUGUAAGUAAAUGUUGAAGAAUAUUAAAAUUUUUAAAGCAGCAUAAAUGUGAAAGCAAAUGUAAGACUUAUUCAAAAGUAUUUUAAUACUUAAACGCUUCACUAAAAUUGUUAGUCUCACAAUCACUAACCAUUGCUGUAUUUCAAAAUGCAUCUCCUAAUGGAAUAUUCCAUGAAACUGAGUAACAUCUUUUACUGUCAAUAAGGUAAGCCAAACCUUUCCGAGAAGGUUUCAACCAUCUUAAAUAUAGCCCACCUAUCUGGAAGUCCAUUAGUUGACCUUAUUUUACCUUCUAGGACUUGUGCAGCACUGAUCCAUAACGCAAAAGUUCAAGUUUUAAGAAAGUGGGUAAUAGUUCAAAGCAAAAUUAUUUACCAACUCUUUUUUUUAAUUUUUUUUAUAAAGCAGCAUAAGUCUGCAAACACUGUCUGCACCAUUCCUUACUGUCUGAAGUACAUUUAUAUACAUGGAUCCCACAGAAACUGCAGUUUACCAUAAAGUAAACUAGAACAGUAUGUGGUAGAUUUACUCUAAUGAAUUGAAUUGACUUUUGCACUACAGUCCUUUUUCAUAAUUUGUAUUAGUUUUUAUUUUAGUCUUUGUAAACAACCAAGUUCAAAUAGAAAUGUGCAAUUUAGUAGGCCUAUUUUUAUGUUUCGAAAAACUGUGUUAACAUUGUUAAUAAACAAGUUAAAUGUG